AUGAAGUGCUUAAUAGUGGUUAAAAACGUGCUCUUUGUCAACGAGUAUGAAAACCACAUAAAGUCCAUAGUGGAGGAGUACGCGGACGUGGAGGUAGCCGACAUUGUGGGCAUGUACAGCAACCAGGAAAAGUAUUCUGAAGACUACUCUGCCAUCAUAACUCUUGCCGGCGACGGAACCAUUCUUAAGGUUCUUUCUAUAUGUACAGAUAAGGGCGCGGGCUUUGCAAGCGCAGACUACAUAGAGCAGGCAGAGCAGAAAAGAUUUCCCAUGUAUGCAAAAAAAUGCAGAAAGCCUAAAAAAGGCGUUCAGACAGACACGGUUCUUCCCCUCCUGUUUGCGUUUGACAAUAGCACAAAGGGCAGGCUCUGCAACAUAAAAAAGCCGCUGUACGAGCAAGCUGAGCGCCUUCUAAGCAGGCUGCUGGAAGCGCACACAAGAAAAGACACGGAGGCUUUGCGUCUUCUAUACGCAGAAAAUGCGAUCCGAAGGCGCAGGCUCAGUGUAAACGGCUUGGUGGACGCCUUGAAUGAGGUGUAUAUAUACCCCCGCGAAAAAGGUCUGCUGGGCGGCCUGACCGUCUCGAUCAAUGGGGGCGCGGUCUACCAGAAUUUCCGGUGCGACGGAGUGAUUAUAAGCACAGCAACAGGGUCAAGCGGGUACAACGCAUCUGCGGGCGGGCCUAUCCUAUAUGGAAGCGUGCACGGGAUUACAAUGACUUUUGUGUGUGCGUCGGACAAGAAAGUUUCGCCUGUGGUGCUGAGCAGUAGCUGCACAGUGUCCAUUGCAAAUGCGCUGGAUGGCAAAAAUGUGCAUGCUGUUGUUGAUGGGUGUCUUUUUCUAGAGAAUGCCGUGUUUGUGGUAAAAACGCAAAAACAGGGGGCGGUGUACUUCGCAGACUUGGGAAACAAAAAGUACUUUGCUGAUUUUUUGUCGGCUAUCCAGGAGUAA